AUGAACAAUUACAAGUGGAACAGAGGCAAGUAUGCCUUAAAAACGAAUAAACAAUUUAGUUCAAUUAAUGAAAGGAGGAAAAAUGCACAUAGACCUGUAACAAAACUUCAUGAGACAGAAGAAGAAGCUAUAAUUCGAAGAUUUCACGAUGCACAAAGAAUGGCAAGAUUCAGAGCUAGAAGAAAGAAAGCUUUAGGAGAAACAAAGCAAAUUUUCAGAAAUAUUACAUUUAAAACUGUUAACUCUGCCUGUGUAACAAAUACUAAACAGCUUCAAUAUUCCCCUAUACAAUAUCCAUCAAUUAUUGUACAUUCAGCAUAUGGAUAAAAUAAAUACUCUCAAUUAUUGACAAUCAUAGAGCAAUGAGAAAAGGAUAUUAAAUUAACAUAUGCUGGUAGUAGAAUUUCUAGGAUGCUGAUAAAAGAAUGCUUGAUGGAGACCGAAAUAAAUUUAUAA